AUAGCUGGGGCACCGGCCCGGACCUCUUGCCUCCACAUUUCGUUUUUAAUGAGGGAGAGGUAGAAAAGGAGAGCUAGAUGUUAAGUAACCAUCAGUAACCAAUGGCUGUAGCUAUUUUUUUCUGACCGCGCGCAGCGUCAGACCUCCAAACGCUGCGUUCGAGGGGACUGAUGGCACAGAGCUUCAGGCAACACCACAGACCUCCUUCCACUGUACAGCAGCUACAUGUAAGACAGGGGUCAUUCUCUCUAACUCAGUGUCUGUUAUUUAGAGAUGAUAUCAAAUUGACGCCAAUCAUCAUCCCUGGAUUUCCCUGGCCUUAUGUUGAAAUGGCAACAGGAAGGAAAAGCUCCACUUCAAAAGGUGGAGUACAUUUCCCUGAUGAUGAUGAAGACAUUUCCAUUAACAAAAGCUAUGAUGAAAAGCUUCAAGAUAAAGUCAUCUCAGCUCUACCAGAACCUGACGGUGCAUAUCUUGUUAAGGUGGGAUUUUUAAGGAGCCAUCACAAAUAUGAAAUCGUCUUUUCUUUGCCGCAAGUCCCAACACUGGGCAAAGAUGUCUCCCUUUCUCCCGCACUACGCAGUACUGCAAAACCACGACUACGUGCAACACGCAUUACACCACGCCCUGAUGGGGGAGUCAGGGUGGUUUGUGAGUAUAGCGCUCAGCAGGAGGGAGUGGUGCAAGAGGAACUCACCUUAGUCAACAGGAGCAGAAGGGACAGCAGCAUCCGAGUUCGAUUACAGGCCAGAGUCAUGGAUCGCCACCAUGGGACACCAAUGUUACUCGAUGGAGUGCGGUGUGUUGGUGAAGAAAAACACACAAAAUAAUGACACAGAGAAGAUGUGAUUAAAUUGGUUUGCUUGUGUAAUUGAUGAAAAUAAACCAAAAUGAAUCAAUGCA